CAAGUACUCAACAUCGGAGCGAAGACUCGCGUCGUUCCAGCCGGCGACCAUCAUACCCACUGCUCCCGCAGUUCCCGAUCAUGACCGACUGACUUCCAGGGAAACCACUGCCACGCAGGACGAUGCCACUCCAACCGCUCAGAACGGCGGCCGCGCCGGGGAGCGGCCGCGACCCGUCAACGCUGCUCUCGCCGUCCGACUACGACGCCGACGCGGUCUCGAUCCGCAGCGACCAGGACACCGACAGCGACGACGACGAGCGCCAGCUGCGCGCUCGCAACAGCCGCGAGCUGCGCGCGCACGACAGGCUGGUCCUGAUGGAGGAGGAGGAGCUCGACCAAUUGGUGACGGAGACCCGCCGGCGCCAGGAGAGGCAGCGCAGGGGGUCCGGCCUGCCGAUUCCGAACCCGCUGCGGCUGCUGGCGCGGCGGCUGAGCGACGCGUCGCCGUCAGGGUCGCGGAGUCCGUCCGCGCGCCGCGAGCCGGCUGAGUCGGUGGAGGACCCUGGGUUGGAGAAGAGGAGGGCGAGACGGCAGCGGAGGCAGGCGAAGAGGGAGAGACUGCUGGCCGAUGCCCAGCAUGGUGAGGACGGCGAGCUGAUGUACGAGAUGGAGGAAGGGGGUAUGAAGGAUGGCAGCUCGACAGGCGACAGCAGCGAUCGCGACGACAGCGACGAGGUCGACCGGAAACAUCUGCUGCAUGACGCCGACGCCAAGGCGAAGCGGCAGCGCAGCUGCCGCCGCUGGCUGCUGUUACAUGCCAUCAUCGCCGUCGCGUUUGCGAUCCUUGUCCUGGUGGCAUGGAAGCUGUCGUUGGCGCGAGCCAGCUCGCGCCACAACCAGAACCUAGUCAGCAACGGGACCGCCAUAUUUGCGCCCACUACCAUCAUAAUCAGCUUAGACGGCUUCCGGGCCGACUUCCUCAACAGGAAUCUGACGCCGAGGCUGAAUGCCUUCAUCAAGGAGGGCGUGUCGCCGCUGUACAUGCUCCCUUCGUUCCCGAGCGUCACGUUCCCUAACCACUACACUAUCGCGACCGGCCUGUAUCCGGAGGCUCACGGUGUCGUGGGCAAUACCUUCUGGGACCCAACGCUACAGGAGGAGUUCUAUUACACGGAUCCGGCCCGGAGCAUGGAUCCGAAGUGGUGGGGUGGAGAACCGUUCUGGGUUACAGCCCAGAAGCAAGGGCUCAGGACAGCCAUCCACAUGUGGCCGGGCAGCGAGGCCCAUGUCCUCGGCAUGGAGCCGACAUACAUGGAUAAAUACAACGGGAAAGAAUUGCUUUCGAAGAAGGUCGACAGGAUCCUCGAGUUCCUGGACAUGCCCGAUACGGACCGGCCCCAGAUCAUCGCCGCGUAUGUGCCGAACGUCGAUGCGGAUGGGCACAAGUACGGGCCCAACAGCACCGAGAUUCAGUUCACCAUUCAAAAGGUGGACAAGAUGCUCGACAACAUGUUCAGGGGCUUGGAGGACCGGAAUCUGACGCACAUUGUCAAUGUCAUCGUGGUUUCUGACCACGGCAUGGCCACCACCGAUGUCUCUCGACUUGUACAGCUUGAAGACCUGGUGGAUCUCAGCAAAAUCGAACACACGGAUGGAUGGCCCUUGAUCGGGCUGCGGCCCAAGAACCCUGACGACCUACAUCCCAUUUACGACGAGCUGGUUCAAAAGACCAGGGACAACCCCAACCUUGAAGUGUACCUCCGCGACGUCAACAUGCCCGAGCGCUAUCACUUUUCGAAGAACGAGCGUAUUGCUCCGCUAUGGAUUAUUCCCAAGGCCGGCUGGGCGCUCGUCAAGAUGGACGAGAUGAACUUGAAGGAGGCGCAGGCUAGAGGCGACGUCUAUCACCCGCGCGGCCUCCAUGGCUAUGAUCACGAGCACCCCCUGAUGAGGGCGAUCUUUAUCGCCCGAGGCCCGGCGUUUCCGCACCAGCCUAACAGCAGGGUUGAUGUCUUUCAAAACAUCGAGGUCUACAACAUGCUCUGUGACUCGGUUGGAAUAUCGCCCGCUCCGAACAACGGGACGCUCCGGCUUCCGCUCAAGCCCAUCGGGCUGCACAGUGACCCCUCGGCGAGCGGGUUGGACACGCCGGCGGACCCCGUGGAGAGCCAUACAUUCUCAACGUCGGCGGCUGCCGAGCCCACUAAUAAGCCCAUCCCGGUCAGUCCGAUUUCAACAAGCAGCAGCGAGCAGGCCCCGCCGACACAAACAGUUGGCGUUGACCAGCCUACGUCCCAGCCCACCAACCAGCCCUCAGGGACCGCGGAUGGCAAAGACGGCGACGGCGACGGCGAUGGCGACGAUGAAGAUAAUGUGUCUCCCAUCGAUAAGGUGGAGUCCGCUGUCCAGGAUUUUUGGGACUGGUUCACUGGGAAGGUGAAGGACUGGUGGGGGAAGGUUACGGGGCAAGGCGGGGGAAGCACCGAACAGGGCUCUUCCUCGGACUAAUAAUGUUCUGCAGUUGGCUCUCGGUCACGCCGCAUGCAGGCUUACGUUGCUGGUGUUGGCCGUUGAGAGUAUUCAUUCCAUUGUCUCGGGUGCGGCAAG